AUGAACAAGAAAAUUGCCCUAGUUCUCGUACUGGCGUAUGCUGCAAUUUUUCGAUGCUUUCCUGAGUUCCCUCAUUUUUCGUCAGAUUCACCUUAUUUCUACUUGAAAGAUCUUGGAAUUCCAUACGGAUAUAGCUUAUUUUCGUUUGGAGACUUUAACUCCGAUAGAUUUGUUGACCUUGUGUUAGUCGAUCUUGCGGCAUCAAACAUUACCAUUUUCUAUUGGGAUGAGGAUGCCCUAUUAUUUGUUCCUUCUAACAUUGAGAUUCAGCUUAACGAGCAAAUUCAGCCUCAGUCUAUUGUCAGCAUUGUCCCUUCCGAUUACAAUCUUGAUGGGUUCUUGGAUUUACUUGUUACCGUCCACAUUCAGCCAAAAUCACUACUAUAUAGCAGCUCUUCUGUUUAUAAGCAUUUUGUUUACUUUUUUGAUGGAGAGGCGUUUAGUAACCCAGUAGCACUACCCGAUACCCACGAUGAGCUUCUUAUACUUGACUAUUUCGGGAAUAUGCAUGUUUCAUUUUUGGGCAUUCCGGGCUUGAGCCCUGAAUCAACAUCAGGGAAUCAAAUAUCGAUAUUUACAAUUGAAAAAGAUUCGGAAGGAAAAUUUCUGCCUCAAAGGUAA